AUGGCUAGGGGGGGUGCGGCCUCAUCGAGUGGACCUGCCACCACACCAACUGCUGCGACUGCGGCUUCUGCUGCCGGCGCUGCGGCGGGUUCCACAUCUCUUUCAUCUCCUCCGGGACCUUCCCAAGGGCCGUCGAGCGCAAAGACUAGGGCUUCCGCAGAGCUGGCAGGCAGGUGGGGGAACAGAGAGCGAAAGGAAGGCCCAAAUGCGGCAUCCAGGAUGCCCGCCAGAGGGGGGGCCCGAGGCACGACUCAGUGGAAGGCGAAGAGUUCUGCUCCGUCCUCUCAGCAACAGCAGCAGCAGCAGCCAACAGCAGCAGCGGCCGUCGGCAGUGCACCGAGACCCCCCCCCGCUGCGUCCUUGUCAGACCCUCGCGUCGCUUCCCACCUUUCACUUGUGCGUGACAUGCGUAUGGCCUUCCCCUCAGAUGAUGUUCGAUCAGCGUCUCCCCGAACAGCAAGCAUGGUAGAGUCGGUACACCCAGUUUUAGAGUGCUAUAACUACAGCAAGCAGGACGUGCUACAACUCGUGCGGCGCUUGGAGCACCGGGAGGACCUCAUUCACAGCGAAGUGGCGCGGGUCAUAGAGGAGAGCACAGGCCAUGAGCAGGGUUCAUGGAAGAUGGUCGGCGGCAACAAAAAACAGCAGAACCAACAGAGUCAGGCGCAGCAGACGCAGCAGCAGCCGGCCAACAGACAAGUCAGGGGGUACAGGCAGCUGAGAGACGGCAGGGGCUUCGAGGGACGCAGACAACAGCAGCGGGGACCUGGCGGGCGCAGCAACUCGGCAAGAAGACAAAAUGGGAGGGACCAGGAAAGUAGGAAGCAACCUCAAGCCCAACCUGAAGGACAACCGGAGCAGCAGCAGCCGCAGGAACCGGAAGAGCGGCAGCCACAAAGUACGGAACAGCAGCAGCAGCAGGGUCCGGACGGCAGCCUUCCAUCCAGUUGUGUCAAACAAGAGGAGCAGCAGCAGCAGCGGGCGUCGUCUGCCUCAAAAGAAGAGGUACCAGCUUCACAGGCGGCGGCACCAGCAGAAGCAGCGACACACGUAGCACCGACGCAGCCGAGAACGUGGGCAGCGCGCCUGGUUAGGCCGGCACCGCAGCCGCCACCGCAGCAGCAGCAGCAGGCAGCAGCAGCAGCUCCAGCUGCUGCUGAAUCGAAAGCCGAGACCGCAGCGGCAGCGGGAAGCCCCAAAGCGGCAACAGGAAGUGCGGCGCACAAAGGCAGGCGCACACCGUGUGGGCCUUCGCCGCGGUCGCAUUCGCCGGUUGCGCCUACUCAGCAGCAGCAGCAGCAGCAACAGCCGCAAAGUCAGGCGUUGCUGCAGCCUGAUUCGCGAGUUGCCCCCCCCACUUCCGCUUACAGACGCGAACUGUCUCCCAUAGCAGUUCAGGGACGGUCAAGGAGCCCGUCUCCAGCAACAGCAGCAGCAGCAGCAGCGCCGAGCCCACCGCGUUCGCCGAAGCCGUCGCCUCCAGCUCCGGCAACACCUUCCGUGCCUGAUCCUGUGAGCGCGGAGAAGAGGGAAGCCGAGGCGGAGGCUGCAGCAGCAGAAACAGCAGCAGUGCCUGCUGUAACAGUCACCGCUGCUGAGCCCGUCGUCAUGCCGGCGAGGUUUAGGGGGGCUCCCAAUUUUAGCGCGAAGGCACUCGUGUUCGGCUCUGUCGCCUCUUCUUUCGAGCCCUUCCAGGCGGCUCCUCAGCAGCAACCGCAGCAGCAGCAGCAGCAGCAGCAGGCUGCUGCGCCAGAGUUGCAACAGCAACAACAGCAGCAACAGCAACAGCAACAGCAGCAGCCUAGUGGGGAAUAUGAAGCUUCUCCGGGAGGCAUAUACUUGCCCCAGCAACAAGAGCAGCAGCAGCAGCAGGAGAUGGAGCGCAUUUUUGAGAUUGAAGCAGCGCAGAGGAAGGCAGCGCAGAAGCAGCAGCAACAGCUACAGCAACUGCAGCAACAACACGCAGAGUCGGGGCAGAAGGCCGUCGCGCGUUCGUAUAUUGAGCCACCACAGCAGCAGAUGCAGCAACAGCAUAUGCAACAGCAACAGCUGCAUCAGCAGGAACAGCGGCUUCACCACGACCGGCAACAGCAGCGGCGGGGACAGCAGCAGCAGCACCACUACGGGCAGCAGCAGCAGCACCAUUACGCGCAGCAACAGCAGCAGCACCACCAGCAGCAGCAGCACUAUGGGCAGCAGCAGACAGGUCGGGGUUGGGGAGAAGCUAAUGGCUUCAAUCGCAGUGUGGGUCCUCUUAUGCAGCAGCAGCAGCAACAGCAGCAGCAGCAAGGUAAGCAACAGCCUCCGCCUCCUGCAGGCGGGUCACUGGACGGUUCUAGCCACCAACAGCGGCAGCAGCGGGAGGAUAUGAAGCAGCAGCAACAGCAGCAGCACUACAACAGCGGGAAGGGAACUCCAGGCCAGCAGCAGCAGCAGCAGCAAGCUGCGGCUGCGGCUGCGUACAACAACUCACAUGCGUUCACCCCGCCUCCUGGACUGGCCCCGAACCUGACAGGCCAGCCAGCAGCAGCUGCAGCAGCAGCUUACAGCUACCCGAACUACCAUGGACUCACGACAUAUCCGCAGUACAACAGCGUCUACUACGGCCACGGGAAUUUGCUACCGCACUAUGGCAUCAUGGGGGGCCCCUAUGGUGCAAAGGGAGGACCCGGCGCUCUGCCUCAGGGAUAUAUGCACAAUUACCCUCCAUAUACUCACCAGGACUCGUUUGACGAUGCAGCAGCUGCAAGUGCAGCGGGAGCGGCCCCCACGGAGAUGUAUGGAGGCGCUGGAGGACCCGGAGCCGCACCGGCUGCUGCUCCUGCUGCAGCAGCUGCGCCUCAAACACCUGGAGUAGUUCUGGCCCCAGCGGCCACAGGCGCUGCAGGGGCAGCAGGUGCUGGGGUCACCGGUCCGCAGCAGCACCAGCAGCACGCUGCAGGAGCGCCGGCCGGAGCGGCAGGAGCAGGCCAAGGGGUGUCCACUUUCUACAAUCCUAGCCUGCAUGUGGCGGGCGCAGCAGCAGCAAACCCCUACCCUGCAGCGUCUGCCUCGGGUAAUGCAGCUGUUCCCCCAGGCUUCUCAGCUAGCAGUUAUCAACACCCGCAACUCAAAGUGGGAACUCCGCCAGCGAGUAGUAAUGCUGCUGGUGCACAGUAUCACUACAGCGGCGGCAACAGCGGGCCCCCUCCUGCCAGCAGCAGUAGCUCCGGAGGCCCCAUUGGAGGCAGAGGGGAGCAGCAGCAGCAGCCGCAGCAAGGCCAGUUGAACAGUAAUUCCGUGAUGUCCAGCCAGUACGGGAAGAGCAACAAUUUUAAACAGCAGCAGCAGCUUGGCAGCACUUACCACCGCGGUGGUAGCAGCAACAGCGCGGACCAGCAGCAGCAGCAGCAGCAGCAGCAGCAGGCCGCGGUGGCUGCAGCGGCAGGGGGAUAUUACAACUACAACGCGUAUACGCAUUAUUCGCAGCCUCCGGGGCUAGCCAGCAAUUUUUAUCAGACGUCGUACCAGCAGCAAAACCAGAACUACAGCAACCAAGGGAGGCAGACGUACGGCAACUACUCGAAUCCGUCUAUGUGGAGCUGA